CUGCACUCUGCUUUAUAAAAGGACCGGUUCACAGGGCUCCCCACUACCUCUGCACACUCAGAGCAUCUUACUGGCAGGUCAUCAUGGUGGAUCACUUCAUUGGCACUUGGAAGCUGUGUGACAGCCAGGGCUUCGAUGAGUACAUGCAGAGCCUAGGUAAGGAGCAGCAGGGGGUUAAUUUACUGUGUAAUUAGGCAGUUUCUACUCCCCUGUGGCAGGUCCUAAAUUGAGAUUUUAAGCAAUCAGUGGAAAAAUGUACAGUUUGUGGCUGGCUGAGCAUCGUUAGAUGUGUAGUCCACAAGGUUUGUUUUUUUAUUCUGUAUGUGGAGCUAAAAUUUAAAUUAAAAAAAAAAAAAAAUUAACAUGUUUAACAGUGCUCACAGAAGAUUCAGCUUUAAUGGUAAACAUGGAUUUAUUUUUAUUUUUUUAUGCUCCAUUCCUCUUCUGUGUGAUCCGGGAAGCCUUACUUUGCCCAUAAGAGUAUCCUCUGGCAUCACUUAACCUUCUGUUUCCACAGCUAACAUUGUAUCAUGACUUCUAGCUGUUGCUACAUUCCUCCAGUAGAUGAGAUGAACUGAUUCGGGCUGAAAGUGGAUUCUGAUCUCAUUGGAGCCAUCAUGUAAUUAAACCUACAUUGUAUUAACCUGGGAAGCUCGCUUGGAUCAGGUUGAAAUCCUGCUCUGGCACUGAAAGAGUUAUAUUUGUAUCCUGUCUAGUUAAUAGUAAUCGUGGGAGCACAUGUAGAGGAUCUAAGGCACCCAGUUUAUCCCACUAGCAGAGAGGCUGCAUCCAUGCAAACUGAGAGCUUCAAUUCCAUUCAAAUACAAAUUUCUGGAUCAGCUCUCCAUCCUCUAAAACCUGAUUCUUGUAGUGAUGACUUUGUGUUCCCCAAAAUCUGAAUCUUCUCCCCAACUCCUGUUGAGUGUUGCUGCAUCACCCCAUCCCCACUCAAAUAUGAGUAGAGCUGUAUUUGGUUCACAAUUAAAUAAGCAUUAUCAAUGAUAGAAGUCUUAAAGUGCAUGUGACUAUUUCUUGCCUUUUGAUGGGAUUUAGAACUGUAUUUAAACUGAAUAUAAAGUGAGUUUAACUUGAAAUUUAAAGUAACUCCACUGCCGGAAUAAACACCAAUUAAAAAAAUCACUAUUUAAUAGAUAUACCCCAAUCUAACUCAUUUAAUAAUGCAUUUUUCAUUGAGGGGAAACUCCAUUAAUCAAUGAGAUUUUUGCAAAGCAGGUGGUCUGAGGACCUGUCUGACUCCUGAAUUUGUAGCUCCACUGAGCUAAACAAACCAGGAGGUGCUGUCCCAUGGAAAGUCAGGGGGUGUAACAAGGUUAACUUUUAAAGUGACCGUUUCUAUUGAAAUCUUUACUUUUGUCAAAUGAGAGGUGAAAGGACACAUUCAGACACAAAGAAUAUAAGCAAGCUAAAGUGCUUUAGGUUCUGGAGUGUUCCUCGAAGGCCUAAGUAGCCAAACUAAAGCAUAACUUUAGAUUGGCUACCUUGACCUAUGAGGGACACUCCGACCUGUAAAGCACUUUAGCUUGCUGAGGGAAUAUUUCCAGUCUGGAUAUGUUAUCUUAAAUUUGAAAGUCACUUUGAAUUCUGACAAUUGCCACUUCAGAGAGAACCUCGAAGAGAAAUACUGCCUUAUGUUUGUGUUCAUUAAUGGAUUCUAUUCACUGAAAUAGAUAAAAUCUAUAACUUUACUUGGGAAUUGGAACAUUUUGAUUAAAAUAUUCAAAUUGAGGGGAAGACAUAUAAAUUGUUGGACAUGAUAGUUUUGGAAAAAUACCGAUUGGUUAAUUUAUAAAAUCACCUCAACUGAAAUAUGCUUAAAUGAGUGGGGAGCUUCCUAUCUCAUCUGCUGUGUUUGCGUCUCUGUAGUCACAUUCCUACAAAGGCUUACUAAAUCCAGAUCGCUGUACGCUCAGUCUGCCCACUGAAAUGCUGAGUGGACAGAUUGUGUGGUGUUUUUUUGUGGGUUUUUUGUCUUCUCCUUCUUCUAUUUAUAGAGCAUUUAAUACAAACUAUUUAAGGCAGGUCUGGGAUGUUUAGUAGGACCAAUCCUAUAUUGUAGAAAUAAAUUGAUGGCAAUAACUAUCAUUUUUUAUUUUUAUGGUUUUAAAUUAACUAUACAGGGAUUAAUUUAGUGAACUGGAAAAACAUGGUUAUUGUUAACCUUGGGCUAAGAGUGGAAACUUCUCAAACUUUAUUUUCCAGUUUGGUUUAUUCAUAUUUUAACAAUAGGAUCAUGAGUAAUUGACUAGUGUUAUGUGAAUGCCUAAUAGACUAAUGUACGGUGGGACUGUUCAGUUUGGCUGAAACUUUAUCAUUUUUUUUUUUUUCAAAUUUUUUUAUUUUUGUUCAUGUGACCAUUCAGCUUCGCUUAAUGCCAUUCAUUACACAUUUGGGGAAACAUUCAGAUGAACCAAAAAGUGCCAAAAGAAAAUUGGCCAACCAGUUUAAUCCAAAGUGCAUAACCUAAAAUAAAUGCAUAGAAAUAUUAUGUAACCCUUUUACUGUACAGUACACUGAUCAGUGUAUUUUCAUGCCAUUUGAUUCAAACCUAAGAGUGAAUAAGAUGUUCUAUCUAUAGAGUGUAUAUUAGUAAAAAAAGAAUUUGUUAGGUUAUAGUAUAUUCUAUCCUUUAUUUCUCUUUACGUCAAAUCCAGAACCUUGACUAUCGAAUCCCGCUAACCUUUUAUGGCCAUCCUACUAGUUUGCUCAGGUGUAAGUGCAUGGUGAUAUGGAAUUUGCCUGAACUCACAAUUUCUGCAAAAUCCAAAUACUCUAUUCUGAAUACUAAAUCUUGGUUUGGGUUUAGAUGGCUGCCCCAAUAGAUCAAGGAUAAGCUUAAAGAAACACUGAACUUGGAUAUUUGCUUAUUUGUACAACCAAAUACAGAGGCUUUAAUGCAUGCGUGCUAUUAUUUUAAGAACAGAAAAGUGGUGUGUGUGGUUUUAUUUUUUUUAUUUUUUUUUUUAUAGAAGAAACCUCCAAGCACCAUAACCAGUACAUCAUGUUUUCUUGUCUAUGGUGCCGGGAGUCUGGCAUUGUCCCACUGGAAGUUGUGAAACAAUUUUAGUUUGGUUUGACUUGACUGGGUUCUGCCAGGAAACUGAAAUAGGGUUGUACAUGUAAAGGCACUUCAAAAAUCUGUUUAGCUUAUUCUUUAGAUGAUUUAAUUAUGCGCUUAAACAAUAGAGAUGCCAUUUAAUUCCCUUACAGGAUGUUGUAUGUGUAAUAGUGGACGCUUAACAAAAAACAAACGUAUAGCUUACUCUAAAACUAAAUUAAGUUAAUUGAUGCACAGCAAGAAAAUCCCAAAUGUUGAAUUUUUUUUGUUGUUGUGAAAAGUACAAAAUACAAAAGGUGUGUUUGUAUAAUAUAUAUUUAUUCACAAUACAGUGCAGUUCAAAUGUGUGCAUAUAUACAGAACACUAUUGUGUAAUAUGAAAGGAAGACUUUUUUUUAAACUUAAUUACAGUUAAAAAAAAGUGCAACUCUAUAAAAUGCAUAUAGCCAAAAUUCAGUAUUUAAUAGUAGUUGUCACACGCAGUGAUACUUGGCUACCAAUAUCAUCUUCCUAAAAGUAUUAUAGAACAUCACACUUUAUGUAAUAUGAUUAAAAAUGCUGACUCUCAUAAAUGGAGAUAUUGGCUCUGGUUUUGCAGCUUUUGGGUCUUAUCUAGGCAACUCUUUCCUUCCCACAGAAUUUGUCUUCUUUAUAGAAUGACUAUAUAUUAAAGCAAAAGAGAAGGAAAUAUGAUGAAGUACAUCCGGGAAAAAUUGUUGAAAAAUGACAACCUUGUUUCACUCACGUGUUCUGGAGCUUUUCAUGGCAGGCUCUAUAUGUGCAAGAGGCUAUUAGGGUGACACAACCCCUUUCGUAGUAAUAUUGGAGAUCUCCUCAGUUACAAAGUAAUCUGUUUUGUGUUAUUUGUUAAGGGACAAAUGUAAAAACAAAGAAUCACUGCAUGUGAGACCAGAUGUGACACAACUGUACUAUUGAAUACUGUACUUUGGCUACAGGCACUUUAUAGAGUUGCACUUCAUUAACUGUAAAAACAAGGCAAUUUCUGCACACGACUGACUUUUAUAUUGCUCAAUAGCUUUCUAUCUGUAUGCACUUAUUUGAACAGCAGUGUAAUUGUGAAACAAGAUCUUUUAGUGAAUUUGCAUACACAAUUUUUAUUUUAUUUUAUAUAUAAAGUAAAAAAGCACUUUUAAAGGGAAACUCCAGUGCCAGGAAUACAAUCGGUUUAUACAAACCAAUCAGCAAUCUGCUGGCUAGUUAUGUUAAAUGGUCUCCAUAUUCAUUUCUCGUCUGCAGAACAAACAGUCCAGACAUUGUGUAAAUUCACUUUAUAAAAUGCAUGUUUGCAUAAACCUCUAUUCUUGUCUUGCAGGGGUUGGCUUUGCCACUAGGAAAGCCGGUGCUAUGGCAAAGCCCAAUGUAAUUAUAACGAAGAAUGGUGAUGAGAUCUGCCUAAAGACCGAAAGCACCUUAAAAACAACUGAGAUGAAAUUCAGACUGGGGGAAGAAUUUGAUGAGACCACAGCAGAUAACAGGAGAACAAAGGUGGGAUAUUUGCAUUGGUUAAAUAUCACUGUCUCAGGGCUCAAAGUAUUAUGACAAAAAAAUGUACUUCACAAGAAGAGACAACUGCACUCAUUCAGGGAACCACAGAGCAAUUACCUGAACCAUGCAAAUCCCUUACAUAUAGCGCAUUGAAGAAGCUUCAAACGCUCACUGGGUUCAAAUAUAAGGCAGUCUUAUUGGACAUCACAUACACUGCAACAUUUCGAGCUUAAUAUGUUGCUGUGUAAUUAAGUUAAAGUACUUUAAUCUAUAGUGUUCCUUCUGCUAAUACAGUGCAAGUGAAGAUCCCUCCCUAACGAGAAACACUUUUACUCAGCAAUCUGGUUUAAGUAGUGGUUUUUAUUUAAUUUUCUUUUCCCCUAUGCCUUAUGCCCAGCAGGGUAUAUGGGAUAUGUAGCUGAUCUCCAUGCAUAGGGUGGGUGUAAUGGCUCAUUACUCUGCAAAUGGUGAUAACCUCUUUAUGUGCAGCAAGUUCUAGUCUUCACCAAUAACUCCAUUUUCCUGUCAGUGCAUGGAGGUAGUCUAACCUGGCGCUGCACCCUCUUGCAAGAGAGGGAAAUGGGACAAAAGUUUCGCUCAAAAGAGCAGUGGUGUUGCCAAGCCGCACUAACGAUCACUACCAGUCUGAAUACUAAACUGGGCAGAGCAGUAAGUUCAACUAUGCAGGACUUGUGCCCAGCAACUAACCAUCCCAAUUAAGACACAGUGAAACUCUGUGCCUGCCCCUCAAGCAAGUCCAAUGCUAAAAACCUGCAGAGUCUGGCAGGCUGGAAUGGCCCACAAUAAGGUAUGCCAAAGUAUCCACUUCGUUGCACUCCUCUCCAAGAAGACAGCCCCUUAAUGUUAAAUGUCCACUAAAGUUUGUAAGUUUUUAUAAUGUAGUGUUUGUUUUUUUAUUUUUUGUAACCCCCUCUCGUAUAGGUAUAAAACUAGUAUCUUAGAUGGCCAUGUAGCACUAGAUGCAUGUAAAACCAUACUGUCAGUGUUCUUUAGGAAUAUAAGAACUGCGUGUUAUGUUCUGCUGUGUAUUGAAUGCUUAACCAAGCAUUGCAUUUCAAGACUUGACAGUCACAUGUGAUUGCCACAGAUCCUGGAGUCUUACUGUAAAAGUAAAACUCUUCUAUGUUUGAACAUCGUUAAACGUGUUGUGACACUGCAUUUUGCAGAAACAUGUUUUUGCUGUAAAAAGCAUAUUCUAACAAAUACGUAAUGUUGGAAAACCUAUAGAUUCUACUUAACAGCCAUCUUGGUUUUCUCGAUCCAGUGGUAGCAGCAGGACAUAAGCUCUCCCUGAAAAUUGUCUGCACUGUAGCGGCUGUUAACAAGGCUCAACUUACCUGCAUCUAGGCUGUUAAAAAUAUUGCCAGCCCCCAUUUAGGAAGCGUCUAUAAAUAUCAGGAGGAGUAUUUCACUUUUUUGUUUUGUUCACGCAGCCAAGCUGCAUUUCAUGUAUGAUCGAUCACACGCUCAACUGUCUGUAGGAAUUUGUAAUGCAUAUCCAUACCUCCCAAAUUAAUUUGUUCUGCUUUUCUAUUCUGAUGUCCCUCUGAUCUGUGAGCUCUGAGUGUAUAACUGAGCUCCACAGCAAAUGACUCAUGAUAACCUUAGAAAUCUGUCUGCGUAACGAUGUCGUCUUGUUCUAAAUUACGUUAAAUGCAUUUGUUUUUAUUAGUAAGUUGCCUAAAAUUCCUCACAACAGACCUGCCCCAGACACCCUUCCGUCAUACUAAAUGUAGGACUGACUUUAUUUAUUUUAUUUUUUUUAAAUAAAUAAAUUCAAAGUUCAAUUUAAUUUUUUUUUUUCCUAGGUGUUUAGGAUAUUAAAAGUGGCAAUGCUUGUUGAUGUCUCUUAAGGUUAAUUUUAAGUUGUAAUUUUGUCUUUUCUCCCCCCUCAAGACACUUAUCACUUGUGAUGAUGGAGUACUAACUCAGGUGCAGAAAUGGGAUGGCAAAGAGACUACAAUCCGAAGGGAGCUGAAAGAUGGACAAAUGUUGGUGGUGAGUGGCACCAUAUGUUGAGAAGUUGCAUGUUACUGGACCUACUCAAACUUUCUUACUCAAAAUAUAAAUAUAACCAAAAUAUGCUUAAUCAGUGGUUGUGUGAUUUGGUCAGCAGACUAACUCCUAGGCUUCAAACACUUGCUGUAAAUACACCUGCCUGUUCUCAGGCACAAUGUUUUAUUUUUACAGCAAAAAAUGUCCCUAUGACAAGCCAUGAGAAUGUAUACAUGUCUUAGUGGUGGUGUCUGUGGGCAUGUGAUCUGCUCCUGUGGGAUUUAUCUUUCUCUAGUUCUGAGAAGUUAAAGUGAAAGGAACAUUCUGAUGCUCUGUGAUUUUGUGCCUUUUAAUAAACUAUUCUUCCUCCUUUCAGACCUGCACCAUAGGAGAUGUGAAGUGUGUCAGACUGUACGACAAGGUGAAGGCAUAACAUUCUGUCUCCAAACCAGAUUGAAGCUACAGAAGAACAGCUCAGUUCAAUGAGCCAUGCUCAACUAUUCUAAUGCCAGCUUCAUAUCCACUUUAUUAAUCUGAUUUAAUCUGUGAAAUUUUAUACUGAAGCAAUGGUGUCCUCCAUCUAAAUUGCUGUGAAUCUGAAAUAAAACUUUCACCCCCAAAUUAUGGUGGAAAAU